CGGAUGGUUAUCUUCAAAUGUACGCAAAAAGCAGCCGGUGUCCGGCAUAGGUGUUCACUAUCCAAAAAUACACUAGGCGCUGUUGUCCUGGAGGUCUUGUUGAUAGGCCACAAGUGAUCGUGGCUGAUUCAAAUCUGAAUUCAGCAAAUGAUGCGGGCUCACGAUGCUGCAGUUUGAAACGUGCUUCGCCACAACUGGCACAAUGACUGAAGCCUGCCACGAAGAGCAUCCCAGCCACCUCCGGGGAAAGGAAGGGAGAUCUCCUACUCUCUGAAACCAAACAGUCCUCAAACCCACAGCUUAAACUGACUCGAAUCCUGGUUUGCAUACAUAACCGUAUAUGCCCACAGUACUCCCCUCCAGAUCCCCAAUGAUCUACACCACACAUUACAAAAGACCCAAAUUCGAUAUCAGCUGAAUUGUGCGCUCAAGAUACCGUUGCGAGGCUGAAGGAAAGAAAGGAAUCACGAGACUAAUGCGGCGCUCAAAUCAGACGAGCGAGGACGGCAUGGAAAUGUCAAUACUGCAGAAGAAAGACACAAAGUUGAGGGUGGAGGACGUGGAAUACGAGUACAGGGACUUCAGGUGGAAAGAUCCAUUUACGAAGAAGAAAUAUAUACCGUGGUGGAUAAUUGGGAUUGUAGUUUCCUUGGGUGUUGCCUAUGUAACAAUCAAACACGACAAGAUUGUUGAGGCAUUACGGCCAAUUUCCGCAAAAAUAAAGGACAUACCUGGAGGUUUCAUUAUUCCAGUGGCCAUAUUGGUCAUUAUUUCAUUCCCGCCCUUGUUUGGCCAUGAGGUAGUUGGCAUCCUUGUCGGUGCUGUUUGGGGACUGUGGAUUGGAUUUGCCAUUGUCGCGGCUGGGACUUUUAUUGGGGAGAUCGGAACUUGGUAUGCAUUCAAGUAUGCAUUCAGAACAAAAGCAAACAAGCUCGAGAAGACAAACCUGAACUAUGGCGCACUCGCACGAUUGACCAGGGACGGAGGCUUCUGGAUUAUCCUUCUCAUCCGAUUCUCGGUAAUUCCUUCGCAUCUCUCUACUGCCGUGUUCUCAACGUGUGAUGUGAAAUUUUGGCAUUUCGCAAUCGCAACCUUUCUCACCUUACCGAAGCAGAUAAUCAUCGUAUACUUCGGGGUCCUGUUGACGCAGGAGAAGGAGAAAGAUAACCUGGUCAACGGUAUUGUACUGGGCUUCACAUUCUUAGUAACGGUGGUAGCCGGGGUAUACAUUUAUCUGAAAAUGCGAAAACUCAAAGCUAUCCUGGUGGCGGAGCAGAUUAUAAGGCUGGAGGAGAAGCGAAGAGCACAACAAUGCGAGCCUGCUUUUAUUUGAAACCACCUUCGUUUUUUAUUACUAUCGCUUGUACAGGGUUGAUAUGCCUUUCUGGCUUAAGUAAUAACCUUAUAUAUUAUAUUAAGAAGGAUUAUUAGAUAGCAUGUAAUUCUGUGCUAGUCGCUUUAAAAAGAAUUAUAGUAAG